ACAGACAUGGCGUUAUUUCUCAAUAAUAGAAUGAGUAUUUAGAAAUACACAUUUAAAUAGCAAGCUUGACUAGUUGUUAACAAUUUUCAAUGCGGAUUAUGUUGUUCGUAACAGACUGUUUAUAAGUGUCGCCCGGUUCCUCUUCUGUGACACACUCCAAUGUAUCCCACCGGAAGCCACGCUCCCCCAGAGAAGGGGGGUCAUUACCCUCCGCCUCAGGGUGGAUACGGAGGUUACCCGCCUCCCUCUGGUGGUGCUUAUCCCCCGCCGCCAGGUGGCGCUCCAGGUUACCCCGGUGGAUACGGUCCCCCUCCCGGUGGAUAUGGUCCCCCUCCUGGUGGAUAUGGAGGCCCCUCGUCUGGUGGAUACGGCCCCCCUCCGGGUGGUUAUGGAGGUCAUCCCGGUGGAUAUGGGCCCCCACCAGGAACGGGGCCAGUAGGCCCUCCCCCAGGCGGCUACGCUCCUCCUCCGAUGGGAAACAUGGGGCACAUGGGACCCAUCUAUAACCCGCCCAUGCCAUUCAGGGGUCGUGUUCCUGGCGGGGUUGUUCCAGGGAGAUCAAUCAUCAUCAAAGGCAUGGUCACCGCAGAUGACAGAUUUUCAGUGAACCUUAAAUGUGGGGAUGAAUACGGCCUCCACUUUAACCCUCGUCCCAGUCAAGGCUGUGUGGUCCUGAACCAUAACCAAAAUGGAUGGGGACCUGAAGAGAGGCACGACGGAAGUAUGUUCCAACCCGGACAACAUUUCGAGCUCUGUAUACACGUGGAGCCAAACCAAUACUUGGUAUUUAUCAAUCAGCAACCUAACCCUAACAUUACCUUCGCCGCCAGACUGUACCCAAUAGAAAAGUACGACGAGUUACACAUCGACGGUUCGAUUCAGAUCAACGAAAUUAAAUUUGCAUAAUUCUCCUAUAGAAAAUAAAAGACUCAGAUUUUAUAAUCCACUUUGACAUUUUAUAGGACCUAUUUUCUGCUUCAUUUCAUGAGUGAUGUGCCUGUGUAUUGUUUUUAGCGUGUUUUGACUUUUUACUUUGUAUUUCAUGGAAUUUGCUAAAUAUAUAUCUUGAAACAUUUUUAUCUUAAAUGAACGUCUAAAAAAUAAAGAUCAUAUUGUACAUACUA